AUGGUUGGUGUGAGGGAAUCCUUUCUGCCUGCCUGGACUGCAUGUCUGUUGUAUUUCAUUGUGGCGACGUGGCCGGUGACAACAAUCCCAGCGAAGGGGGAUGAUUCCUUUGCUACUGCAGAUUUUCCGAAUGCUGGAACCUCCACUCUGCUCCAGCAUGAUGGGUGGCAUACGAGCACACCACUUCUGCAAGGCAUUCAUUUGGAAGGGCUGCAGAGGCCUUUGCCAUUGUCACAUGAGCUUGUGUACUCUCUCAAGAUGCGUGAUCAGAGGCAUAGCGUGAGUUGUACUGUAGAGGGGGUUGCGAUGCAGCCUGACUCUCAACUGCAGACCACUUACCUACAGCUACCUGACGUCGGCCCACAGAAGCAAGUUUUUCCCGUUAGCCCACAGGUGUUCCUAGGUUCACAGCUCCCAGCAUGCCGUGAGGAGUUAAACACGCGAUCUCUGGCGCAUCACAUUGAGCCUGCAACUUCCGCUUGUAAGACUCAUAGGGCCCUGAGCGCUGCCGUGUGUAACGAGAUGAACGCCCUGGGCGAUGGGGCACAGGGACAGGUGGGAACCGCUCCAGGUCUGAUGGACAUGUCGGGCUGUCGAUCCGCACAGACGCGCCAGCCCAAUCAAGGCGUGCUCUUCAUGGACCUGUCGUGGACCGAGUCUCUAAACAGGAGCAACAGGAUGUGGCAGAGCAGCCACAGCCUGAAAACGCGGAGACGUGGUGGAAUCAACAGUGGAGAGGCCAAUGGUGGGGAGACCAAUGGUGGGAAGACCAAGGGUGGACGGAGACGGGUCCAGGGCUCUCAAUGGCUUCCUCCAGCAGCUCGCCGGCGUCCCUGCCACUUACGUCCAUACAGCCUCUGGUGGAGGAGUCUGCCACUCUUGACGGGGGUGCUAGUGAAGAGGGGUUGGUUGAAGAUGGUGCUACAGAGCAAGCCUCGCAGUGGGAACAUGAAGACCACGCAGAGCCUCACCCUGCGCCUGGAACUGACAGAGAUGACGUUUCUGUCUCCUGCAGCGGAGCUGGGAUUGGCUAUCGCCGUUGACGUGGAUGUACCUGCCUCUUCGUCCACAGUCGUCUCGAGUCCCGAGAUGCUUCCCGUCGGAGGGAGAUACGAGGACCUCGAGAACUACAACAGACGUGAGGAUGAGUCCACCUUAGACUAUCAUCGGAGGCAGAGCAUGAAGAAGUAUUACUCCAAGCCUCGCGCGCCUCCAGGCCCCUCGCAGAAGGAAGGCCAACAAGUUACGCGCAGGCCUGGCAGUGUGCUGCCAACAGAUGUGUGCUACCAUACAAUACACCAUGUUAGAGCCAGCUGGGGUCCCAAGUCCCCAGGUAGACCAUACAUCGCUCUUCUUCUCAUUCUCCUUUGUAUUCUUCCAUCGUAUGGGGAGGGCAUGUAUGUUGCUACAGAGCCGAGGGUUGCUACCGAAGCCGCGGCGGUAGCUGGAGCACAGAAUCAGGUUCUCCAGAGGGCUUCACACAUAAAUGCGAAGCUUAGCGGCGCUUACGAUACUAAUCAGCUGCCCAAUUUCAGUCGAGCUCGCAAGCGAGCCUUUCGCCGUGCCAUUGGCAGGGCGGAGCAACACGGAUCUACACAAUAUCGAGGUCGAAUCCUUACUCUUCAGCAGCUGAAUCUGCAGAGACGUGGGACUGAGCCGGGUGCUAGGAACCCGCGCCCCACUGCCGUCAGGCAAACUGCGAGUGCGAGCGGCCCCCAGCUUCUCAGUUGGAACGUGGGCGGGCUCACAACAGCCAUACUCGAUGAGUUGAUGCUGUGGCUGGACCAGCCUGCAAAUAGUGGCAUCGCCUUUGUUCUGUUACAAGAGACGCGAUGGACUUACACGGCCGAGUGGUGCACUGGCAAGUGGAGUAUAGUGCAUUCGGGAUGUAAAAGCCAUAAGGGUGGAGGUGUCAUGAUCUUAGUUGCCCGGGAGGUUUGUGGACCCUCAGAGAUUCGAUUUCAUGAAGUGCUCAAAGGUCGAGUGCUACAUGCCAGACUCCCGUUUGGCACUCAGGGAAGACAUCUUGACCUGAUAAACGUCUAUCAGCAUCCUUGGGAUUUCUGUGCGCCGCAGGAGGCCCUUGUUGAGCGCAGGCGUCGGGUCCUUGAUGCUGUGACCGCUACCCUCCAUGGAAUACCGAGACGCAAUCUCUGCGUCUGCGGAGGCGACUGGAACACCCAGCUUCUCCCACAUCCUGGGUUGGUGGGUGACUGUACCACCCUGCCGAAAGGAGGCACACAAGUCGCAGCUGAUGCCGCUGCGCUUAAUGACUUUAUGCGGCUCAACCAGCUUGUUGCGCUUAAUACAUGGACAGGUCGAAGGCGUGAGGCGUACACCUACGAGCAUAAUGGCCGGAGGACCCAGAUUGAUUAUGUCAUUGCUCGUCGGCAAGAUGCCUCGCCUCAUCAUCGCCGCUUUCAGCCCGUGAAGGACUUUCCCAUCACUGCCUGGAGACUGUCGGGACUCCAUCGCCCGGUUCUCGGUGCGCUGACGGUGCCUACUGGGCCUACGCAGCACAAGAAGUGCGGUGCCGCACCUGCUACCUGUGAUGUGAAUCGUCUUCGGCAGGAGGCGGCUUGCAAUUCGGAAACAUACCGAGUUUUUCAGCAGGUGCUGAAUGUUCGGAUGGCGCUGCUGCCGAGGCUCGAUAUGGAUGCUAUAAACCAGACCCUGCAACAUGUUAGUCUGUCCUUCUUUCCACCCAAAAGUAAACAAGUUGCCAUUCCUGCGAGGGAGACGGCGGAAGUCAGGGAGGUGGUUCAAACGAGAUGGCAACACUAUCAUGCUGCAAAGGCUGCGAAGAUUGCUACUGCCAGAAAUGUGCUAAGGGGAUGGUUUCAUGUCUCGAGGUUCCGAACACUCCGAAAAGCGGCUAAUCGCGCGUCGCGCGAUGCGCGCAGACAGCAGUACGAGGUCCUCCUGCAGCAAGCUGAGGCUUGCGCCGCAUCUCAUGAUCAACAUGGACUAUAUCAGGUUGUCCGUGCUCUCGCGCCUAAGCAGUCCUACAAAAAGGUGCAAAUCUACGGGCCCAAUGGACAGAUGCUUAACAUGGAGGAGGAAGCACGCGCACUACAUGAUCAUUUCCGAAUGGUGUUCCAGGGGGGUGGGGGUGUCGAUAGGGUCGUAGGUGAGAAGGGUGUGACAUCCUUUUCGCGGGAGGAGCUGUGUGCAGCCUUCGCCCGAAUACCAUCAUGGAAGGCCACUCCCAAACACAUGGCACCGGGAAUGGUGUGGAAGGCCGCAUGUGAGGGGCUGGCGGACGUUGUGGGACGAGAAUUGCCAAACAUGUGGCAGGGGACCCAUCCCUGGGUUCCGCAGUCCUGGCGAGAUGGUUGGCUCAAGUUGUUGGGUAAACCGGCCAAGCCUGGCAGACGGCCAGAGGACUUUCGCCCAAUAUGCCUACAAGAUCCCGUCGGUAAGGAAGUGCUUAGAUUGCUGGCGGCAAGAGUUAAACCUGCCAUUGUUGCUUACGCAGAGGCCUGCCCGCAGCAUGCCUAUCUGCCGGGAAGGAGCACUCAAGGCGCCCUGUUGUGGAUAUUUGGUAGGUGCAGGCAGAUCCGGGAUAAAGCACAGGCUGCACGAUAUGAUAUCUACAGCAAGCGCGCCGGUUGCUCCGUGAAGGCGUACUCGGGGGGAUUUGUUUUAUCAUUAGACCUUACGAGUGCUUUCGACUUGGUCCCCCGUGAUGCAAUCCAGGCCUCGCUGCGUGAAGCGGGACUCCAGCCUGAGGACGUUGCACUCAUUAUGCACUGGUUGUGCGAGUCCACGUACCAUCUAGAACAUGGUCACAUUCGCUUUAGUCUUGCUACUGACAGAGGAGUUCGACAAGGAUGUGUCCUGAGUCCCCUCUUGUGGACGUGUUUUAGCUGUUACGUCUUACGCCGGAUGCCUGCGGAAGUACCCGUGCAGGAUCAGCAAGUCUACGCGGACGAUUUCGUAAUGAGUAAGACCUUUGACACCAGAGCGGAUUUUCUGGCGGCUCUCCAGUCCAUUAGUGUGUACUUCCGCACCCUUCGCAGUUUCGGUCUCCGGAUCAAUCUUGGCAAGACUGCCCUUUUGAUCAGAAUGGCACAUCAAACCGGUCAAGCACUCCUUAAAAAGCACAUCACCUCCAAUCACAAAGGUGACUUCCUUGUGUUGCCAGGUCCCACCCCAGAGUAUGUACCUGUGAAGCAAGAACACUCAUAUCUGGGAUGCGUUAUCUCGCUGUAUGAUUUCGAGGGGCUGACGGCUAAACGGCGGUUGGACGUUGCCAAGAGUAAUUUUUCCAGACUCCGACGGGUCCUUACGUCCACUAGAUGUCUGAAGCUUGCCAGAAGGGUCCGGGUUUGGUCCACAUGUGUGUGGACAUCACUCACAUAUGGGAUCAACUGUUGUGGACUCACGGAGAGGUGGUUGAUUAAGUUUGCACGGCUUGCUACACAGCAGCUGCGCACGAUCUCUAGGAUGCCACGGCACAUCACUCAUGUUAGUAAUCGGGAUCUGUAUGCCAGCCUCAAAGUCGGGGACCCCUAUGAAGUGCUCACCAAACAGCACCACACUUUCUUGGCAAGCUUGGCCAAUCGGCAAGCUGCGCUCAGCAGUGAGGACAUCAUGCAAUCUUCGCUCAUUACUGAACAGCUCUUCUUUGUGGCGAAGCUUUUCGCAUCAGUUACUCAGCGCUCAUCCAUCCGUAGGUUGGAGGACACCCCAGGGGUUGCCUGCCCGGUGUGCGGAGUAUACUUCGCUGAUACCGCAUCCAUGAGAGUGCAUUGGGCUAGUGCGCACCAAGAUGUCCAGCGCGCGGAACCACUAGAUGUCUCUGCAAUCAGAAGAGAGGACAUUUCGGUUAAUGGUAUGCCCGUUUGUAGAGGAUGUGGACGGAAAUUUGCCAAGUGGCAGAACCUGCUGCAGCACGUCCAAAAUCGAAGGUGUGAGGGCUUCUCUGGGCUUGUGAAGCAAGCAGAUGCAAAGCCUGAGGUAGUGCCUGCGAUCAAGAACAAGGAAAUUAUUGGCGCACUGUUGAGGGGAGGAGCCAGACAGUUUGAGCGUGACUUGAAAGCACAGGAUGCCGCGCGGAAACAGUGGCUCGAACACUGCUGCAUAUGUCGACAAUGGGUUGCCAAUCCGAAACACAUCAAACAACACAUUCGAAAAUCCCAUAAUGCACUCCUUACAAAGUGGGAAGCACAGUUGAGUGAAGACUGCCUGCAGCUGGUGUCGACGCUGGCGGGCCAGCAGACUUGUCCGUACUGCGCUGCUGCCUUCUCUAAGGCCACCUAUCUCAAGCGACACGUUGUCAACUGCCCAGUACUUUUCCAAGCUGCCCUCGUGUGCAGGGCGCAUGGCGAUGGCGACGGAGAUGGAGAUCGCCUCUCUCUUCGGGGCUCAACUGCCAGUAGUCAAAAGGCAGGCGGAGGAGAAGCUACUGCCGGCUCGCAGCGACGGGACCAGGGAGGAGCUUGUGCAGCACCCGAAGUGGCCAAAGUCCAACGCCAAAGGAAACAAAGGGAAGGGCAAAGGCAAGGGGCAGAAAGGAGGGAACAAAGCCCAGGGAUCCAGUCAGGGCGCGACGCUCACACAGGAGCAGAUCAUGGAGGCCAUCAGGCUUCUCACACAGUUGGCCUUACGCCACGAAGACAACAUCAACAUCUUACGCCAGGAUCGAGCUUUCCUGCUGCUGAUGAAGACCUCCGGCCCGGAGAGCAUGGUGAAUGCACUGUUUGGAAUCUCCCAGCAGUGGAAGCAGCAUCGCGAGGAGGGGAAGACGGAGGCGCCGCUCCGCAUUGCUCUGCUAAAGUGUCUCAUCUUGGAAUUGAAGACGAGAGCUCAGCAGAUCAUCGAGUCCAAGGAGAAAGCUCAGACAGCGGCCAAAAUGGGAUGGCUGCAGUUGUCCAAGGAUCGCGAGCCCUGUUGGCUCCCCCUGGUCUGGGACUCGGCCAAUCAAGUGGACAAGCCGGUUCAGGACCUCGGCCCGCUACCGCACUCCGAUGCGAUGAGAGCCCUGGACACCGUCAUGAGCGGAGCGGAUGGCAUGAUCAUCCAACGAUUUCAUUCGACGCGACCGCUGGCUCAGGACCCGCAGGGAGCAAUGAUGGCGUUCCUCAUGGAGGUUUCCAACAGGGGCGGCGAGGCGCAGGAGGUGUACAGCGCGAUCAGCACCCUGUGCCACUCCGCACUCUUCUAUGUCAUCGGGGCGAGAAUCCGCGUGGACACGGCGAAGCGCACACCCUUGGCCAAUCGUGUGCAAGAGAUCUUGAACAUGUGCUCGCCUUACGACUCUAUAACACAAACAACGUAUGCUACCAAAAUUCCCUUAUUUUGGCCCUUCUUUGGUCACUGCUGUCUUGUGAUGUGAGUCAGGCUGCAGGGGGGCUAUGCUUCGGUGUAGAAGGCUCGCAUGCUGAUCUCAUUUGCUCGCUGUUGGCGCUGACUAAUGGACACCUGCAGGAUCUGCCGUCCUGGCGUCGCCUCCUGCAAGGAUGGCGGCAACCAUUCAGACAGCAUGACGUAUGUGAGUUUGCAGGGCAUAUCCUGAGACAGCUUAAACUGCACCACAUGGAAGGAUUUUGGCUAGCUCGACGGGCGGACCCGGAUGUGCGAAUGGUUGAUUUCGGCGAAUUGUGGCAACCGAUUCCCUUGCACAUACCUCCAGAAGCACAGAAUCUGCAGGACUGCCUGCAGCACUGGCAUAGCCAGUCCACGAUACAGGCUCUAGACCGGGGGGUGUCGUUGGCUCUCUUUCAGCUGGUCAGGUUUCGUAGGGAUACGGAGGGAGUCAUUCGCAAGAAUUGCCAGGCACUGGACAUGCUGCCACACGCACUGCUGCCAGUGCAAGGUGAGGGUCUCGAUAUUACCUGGCAUGCCUAUCACCUCAGUGCCUGCAUCUUUCACGUGGGCUUGACGCCCGACUCAGGCCACUAUAGGGCUUUUCUGAUGGGGCACGCUGCCUCGGGGGUGAGGGGUAGCACAGAGGAUCUGGGCACUUGCGAAGUUGACGGUGAUGAUGGUGUUACCACUCACCAAUAUGUUACCGAUGAUAAUCAACAAGCCAUUCGCGCCACUCCUGCACUGCAUAGGGAUCUCGAGCAGAACUCUUAUCUGUUGUUCUACACUCGCAGUGCUGCGUGA